AUGAGUAAGAGUAAAUCCUCCUCUAUCCCUCCCACUGCCACUGCCACUGCCACUGCCACUGCCACUGCCACUCCUACUCCUACUCCUACUCCUACGCUCUUACUCCUACGCUCUUACUCCUACUUCUCAUAUCAUCUCAUAUCAUCCUUCUUAUUGACAAUACCAAAUAAAAGCCAAAUAGUCAAGUAUCUACCCAACUGCAUGGUGAACAGCGAUAUCGACAGCGACACCAACAGCGACAUCGACAUGUUGUUUUAUGUGUUACGAUCACGAAAUAUGGCACGUGCUACAGCGGAAACCCGCCAAAUUAUAGUUUUUCUUUUCCUCUCAACCUAG